AUGUGCGAACAAAGAGGGAGAGAAGCUGAAUGGUAUUUCAAGCAUCAAGAAGACAAACAAGGCUUGUGUCCAAAUGUAGCUGUAUUAGGAAAUGUUACAUGUCCCUGUGAUAAGAAUUGUUCCAAUGACAGUGACUGCUCAGGGCAAUUGAGAUGCUGUGAUACAGGAUGUGGACUCCAAUGUGUCUAUGGAGUAAGAAGAGGCUUCUGUCCACUAAAUGAUCUGCCAAAUAAAGAAGAUGAAAAAGAAUAUCCAAAAUGUUUUAGUGACUUUGAUUGCUUUAAACCUGCUAAGUGCUGUGAUCGAGGCUCAACAAAAGAUUGUCUGCCUGCAUCAAGAGAGAAGCCAGGAAAAUGCCCAGGUGUCGCUGAAACAAAACCAGCAAUUCUAUGCACUAGUGAUUAUGAUUGUCCAAAUAGUCUGAAGUGCUGUUCUAACUAUUGUGAAAAACCUGUGAAAGUGACACUUGCAGAUCCACUGAAUUGA